UGAUUGGUCGAACCGCGAGAAUAGGAAGUGUCGCUCAGUAGUAUGGGCUUAACAUGGCUAGCUAAGUAGUAUCUGGUUAACAUAAUUCAAAAGCCUGAAGCUUUUGCGUGUCGCUGUUAAACUCGGAUGUUUUUGGUUUACCGAGAGGUGCCCGGCAACCAUUUGUGAGCGCGAGAAGUUGCGUCACUUAUAAACAUCGCGCUAUUUGGUCGGCCGUUUGUGUGGCUGUGUAGCUUGUUAGCUAGCGAACGUUAAACGUCAUUCAGACAGUUGCUGCUCUGCUAACGUAGCUCUGCGUUAGCUUGUUUGUUUUUUUACAGCUGCAGUGGCUGAAAUCUACCAAGUGGUCAUUCCGAGAAAAGUUCUGUUUAGUCGAGCGUGUGUGCGAGUUUAUUCAUGCUACACGUCGUCGUGUGACUCAACCGUAGCUGAAUGUUUGGUGUGAGACACAGCAGCAGCUACAGCUAGCAGAUCGUUAGCUUGUCAACACCAACAACAAUGGGCUAUAAAAGGUGUUUUAAAAAUGCGAGAACGAUUUAUCUUUUGACCCUUCUGCUGAUGGUCUUCGCCAAAGAAAUAACAGCUGAUGAGGAGCAACAUGGGAAUGACGGGCCAGAGCUGAAGUCUUACCAUGAUCCAGACUCUGAAGAGGAAGACGUCCAUUUGGCAACUGACAUCGUGGCCAGUUCCUCUGUGACCUCUGGUCACGAAGUGUCCCAGCCAGAGGAGGAGGAACAGUCCCCGGCGGAGGGACUGGAGGGAGAGGAGAAGGAGGACCUGCCCGAGCAGCCUCCUCCAGUUGAAGAGAAACCUAAAGAGGUUCCUGUGGUGAAUGGAGGCACAGCCCAUGGAGAGCCCUGCAUCUUCCCCUUCCUCUUCCAGGGGAGGGAGUACUUUGACUGUACCACUGAUGGACGGGGGGAUGGCCGGCUGUGGUGCGCCACAAUCUAUGACUAUGACCAGGAGAAGAAGUGGGGUUUCUGUGAGACGGAGGAGCAGGCGCAGCAGAGACUGCUGGCCGAGGAGGCCGAUGAGCAGUAUGUGACUGUCCUGCGCAUGCUCAAUGCCACCACCAGGAGGACCCAGAAGAAAGAGUUAUACGAAAAGCUGCUGAAAGUAGCAGAGAAAGGCCACCAGAAAGCCAUGGAGAAGGUGGCCUAUGCCAUGCUGUUUGGAGACUACAUGCACCAGAACGUGACCACGGCCAAAGCCAUGUUUGAGAAGCUCGCCGUCGAGGGCUCGCCUAAAGCUCAGACGGCUCUUGGCUUUCUGUACGCAGCAGGACUUGGAGUUAACUCAAGUCAGGCUAAGGCCCUGGUUUACUACACUUUUGGUGCACUGGGUGGAAACCUGGUUGCUCAUAUGAUCCUGGGCUACAGAUACUGGGGAGGUGUGGGUGUUCCCCAGAGCUGUGAGUCAGCGCUAACGCACUACAGACUUGUGGCAAAUCAGGUGGCCAAUGAUGUGUCCCUGACCGGGGGCUCAGCGGUGCAGAGGAUCCGGCUGCUGGACGAGGUGGAGAACCCAGGGUCCACCAGUGGGAUGCUGGAGGAGGACUUGAUCCAGUACUACCAGUUUCUGGCUGAGAAAGGAGAUGUUCAAGCUCAGGUGGGAUUGGGUCAGCUGCACCUGCACGGAGGACGUGGAGUAGAACAGAACCCCCAGAGGGCGUAUGACUACUUCACCCAGGCUGCAAAUGCCGGGAAUACACACGCCAUGGCUUUCCUCGGCAAGAUGUACUCCGAAGGCAGCGAGUAUCUCCCCCAGAACAACGACACGGCCCUGCAGUACUUUAAGAAGGCCUCUGACCUGGGUAAUCCAGUGGGACAGAGUGGCCUGGGCAUGGCCUACCUGUAUGGGAGAGGUGUCCCAAUAAACUAUGAGCUGGCACUGAAAUACUUCCAGAAGGCAGCGGAGCAGGGCUGGGUGGACGGACAACUCCAGCUGGGCACCAUGUAUUACAACGGCAUCGGCGUAAAGCGCGAUUACAAGCAGGCACUCAAAUUCUUCAACCUGGCCUCGCAGGCGGGCCACAUCCUGGCCUUCUACAACUUGGCCCAGAUGCACGCCACCGGUACCGGUGUGAUGCGCUCCUGCCACACCGCCGUGGAGCUUUUCAAGAACGUGUGCGAACGCGGCCGCUGGUCAGAGCGACUCAUGGCGGCCUACGGCAGCUUUAAGGAGGGCGAGUCCGACGCGGCGCUGGUCCAGUACCUGCUGCUGGCUGAGCAGGGCUACGAGGUGGCCCAGAGCAACGUGGCCUUCAUUCUGGACCAGACAGAAGGAGCACGGAUCUUCACGGAGAACGAGACCUACCCUCGGGCUUUGCUCCACUGGACCAGAGCGGCAGCACAAGGUUACACCGUGGCGAGGAUAAAACUAGGGGACUACCACUACUACGGCCAGGGCACAGAUGUGGACUAUGAGACGGCCGUCAUCCACUACAGACUGGCAUCGGAGCAGCAGCACAGCGCCCAGGCCAUGUUCAACCUGGGUUACAUGCAUGAGAAAGGCCUGGGCAUCAAACAGGACAUCCAUUUAGCCAAGCGCUUCUACGACAUGGCCGCGGAAGCCAGUCCUGAUGCCCAGGUUCCGGUUUUCUUGGCCCUGUGCAAGCUGGGCCUGGUUUACACUCUGCAGUACCUGCAGGAUCUUAAUUUAAAGGAGCUGAUUUCUCAGGUGGACCUGGACCAGCUUCUCGGCCCGGAGUGGGACCUCUACCUCAUGACCGUCAUCGCCCUGCUGCUCGGCACGGUCAUCGCCUACAGGCAGCGCCAGCACCAAAUCAUAGUUCCUCCUCGCCCGCCCGUACCUGCUCCAGCGCCCCCACCUAGACCCCCUCAGGAACAGUCGCAGGCCGAGGCCGAGCCCCCGGGUCAGGAAGAAACGCAAGCCCAGGGUCCGGCCCAGGAGGAAGAGGAAGAGCAGCAGCAGUGAGAGAGAGAGAGAGAGAGAGGGAGCCAGACGGCGCGAGUGCAGUGAAAGACUGACAGGAGGCUCUGCCAGCUGGUGCUCACGAGCUGAAAACUUGCCAGUCUGAGCGCUUCUCUCACUCAAAAAUAAAGACUAAAGAUGGCUGCUGAACUGUGCAGUCCCACAACUCCUUUUUCUCUGUUUAAAAUAAGCUGGUCCUGUGCUGGAGAGAGACUGGAGUGUGGGGGGGAGGGGGGAGGGUGUUUAUGGACAAUGCUACAGAGCGUUGAGAGUACACCACAGACUUGGAACUUGCUGGUCUGUGACUCAGGAUACUGACGGAAGCACCCGUGUCCUCGCCAUGGAGAAGAAAAAAAAUACAAAAAUCAAAGGCAUAGUUGGAAUCUGAAAUGUGCUUUUUAGUUUCUUCCUACUUUCCCUUUUUUGAGAACAUCACACACUGCCUCAAUUCUAAUUCUUUUUCUUUUAGAAAAAUAACAGGCAGGAACAUGCGAGUCAUUUUAUUUGCUAGUUGGUAAAAAGAAAAAAAAGUCAUGUUUUUGCAUGUUUUCUCUAAUUUUUACUUUCAUUUUAGGCACCCCCUUUAUUUGCAGAUACUUGACUGAGCUAAUUUUUACAUGAAUUUUUGCAUUAAUUAGUUACUCAUUUGGUUGAUGUGUUGAGUCAGUACUUUUUCAAACCUGUAAUUCACUUAAAAAGAAAAAGAUGAAUUGAUGUUCAUUCAACUAUAGUGCUAAAUUGUGCUCGGGGGGCCAUGUCGUGUCAUUCGUAUGAGAAUAAGAAAAUCUGUUGAGCAGUUUGCUUUAAUCAAUAGAAAAAGCUGUACCGGGAUAGAUAAUAUAUAAUUUUCUGAGUUCACCGCGUUGAUGUUUGUUAUGUUUUCAUACACGACAGACACAAAGGAUGAGAAGCUGCUGAAGUCAAAGUCACUGAGCUGUCAAAGAAUCCUUGAUGCACAUCCUUCUUUUUUUUUAAAAUCCUACAGACGCUUCUUUUUCUUUUAAAACCCCAAACAACAAUCUAAAGAGAAAAACGGUGUGUGGCGCAAGCGGAGCAGUGAAAGAUGUACUGUGCGUGGUGCGUUUCCACCAACGGGCUUUGAUUUCACCCUCGUGGUCGGUAGCUCGGCAGCUCCUCUCAUCCCACAUCCGCCUUUUUUCUUUUCUUUUUUUAGUUCGUUAAGCCUCGAGUUCGCUGAGGCAGAAAUUGGAGCAGCCUUAAAGAUAGCAGCGCCUCAAACUCUGGAUUGUUUCCAUAUAUUACAGGAAGUGUGUGUGUGUGUGUGUGUGUGUGUGUGUGUGUGUGUGUGUGUGUGUGUGUGUGUGUGUGUGUGUGUGUGUGUGUGUGUGUGUGUGUGUGUGUGUGUGUGUGUGUGUGUGUGUGUGUGUGUGUGUGUGUGUGUGUGUGUGUGUGUGUGUGUGUGUGUGUGUGUGUGUGUGUGUGUGUGUGUGUGUGUAUACAACUUCAGCUGUUGUGAGAAUUCCCACCCCCUCACCAAAAGUCCAAGUUGGAUCUCCGCCGACACUUUUCAGCUACAAUGGACCUAAAUCUGCGAAAUGAAGCCAUGGUUAGGCCAUCCAGUAUUUAUCAAAACAAAAUAAGAAACUUCCUUUUUUUUAAACACAUUCUCACCCCUCCCCCAAAGUCCAUUGGUUCAGUUCCACAGUCCGUGCUUGUUGUUGUUGUUGUUGAUCAAAACCAAUUGGCCUGCAUGAAGUCAAACGGGACGUCGACACAACUCAGUUUGUCUCAAAUGAAACACUGGUCACGUUUUUACCAUCGCAAAUACAAGUUUAUAAAGAAAUUAAUAAAUGAUAUAUGGAUA